GAAAGGAAACGUAUACAGACACAAACAAACAAAAUUUGGAAUCCAUACCCACAAAAAGCAACCAAUGGAAAACAUUACCUAGAUUGUGAGCCUGAAGGAAGAAGCUCAGCCUUAACACCUGCUUCAACAAACCUCCCCAGAUUGGAUUACAAACAAAUGAUAAGAUUCUGAGUUAGUGAGUUACAGGUUAGUUGCUAACUCUGUAAUAAUGGUUCCUUCUCUCUCUCUAUCUGUUUAAUAAUGCCACUCAUUGCUCGGGAUGGUUGCUCUUCCAACCAAGCUUCUCUGUUGGGCAUAAGUAAUCAAUCUGAUAUGAUACAACUAACAUGCAAAAGCAAAAUCCAUUUGAUUUCAGCAGAACAACACAUUUUUAACUGAUAAGUGAUGGAUUGAUGACCUAGGAUUAUGCAUUACCCAGUUUUAACUCUGCUGUAGAUGAAUGUGCUAAAUAUGCUUUGUAUGAAUGACUUUUAACUUAGGUAGGACCAUCACUUUGACUCUUGACUUUCUAUUUUCUAUUUUGCUUUUAAUUUUUUAUUUUUUGGUUGAGAUGCUUUCCCAUGCUUCCUUUCAAAUAUCAGCUGCAGCAAUUUAGUAUUAGUAGUUGCAGAGUUCUCCCCUUUGGCCUCAUCUACUCAAUAACUUGCCAUUUUAUUCUUUCUUCAGUUUUUCCCAGAAUGCAGGUUUGAGUGGCUGGUAUUAGAAUUUAAGAAAUCUAUUACUUCUGAGCUUGAUUUCACUGAAGAGGCUAAGAACUUAGAGAGAAUGACAAGAACUUCAAAAACAACAGCAUGGUUAGGAUUCCCCAUGUUUUUUGGGGUUUCACAACACACAAUGCUUUGACAAUGCAGUUCUGUAAAGGACAUAAGGUCGAUGACUUGGAGUUUUUGAAGCAAAUGGGAAUUAGUCCAUCUAAGGUUGGAAAAGCCUUAGCAGAGGCCUUAUCAGAAAUGAUAUUUGUCCAUGGUUUUCUGCAUGGUGAUCUACAUCCUGGUAAUGUGCUAGAUUCUCCGGAAGGAAGGAAUGUUUUCUCUCUAGCAGUAACUUCUGUAAAUGGAGUUCUUUUGGAUUUUGGGAUUUGCAAGGAAUUGGAUGAAGCUUUCAGAUUGAAUUACUGCCAAUUAUGGGAGGCUUUAAUAUUCAAGGAUUCAAACAAAAUCCAACAGCUGGGGGAAUAUUUUGGUGCUGGGAGGUAUUCAAGAUACUUCCCUGUCAUAAUUACAGGAAGAUUGACAGUAAAUCAGCACUUUGGAGGGGAAUGUCAGCUGAAGAAAAAAAGAACCUAAAUCAGGAAUUGAAGUCUCUCAGAAUGGAUUCUGGCAGCGAGUAGACUAUGAUUUUGUUCCGAAUUAUUGCUCUGUUUUCUCUCGAAUUGGGCAUGUUAUGAACAAUUGCAGGAACGUGAAUGUUGAUAGGCAUAACAGGCUUAGAGAGGAGAAUGGCACACGAGCUGUUUGUGAAUAUGUUCAUGAGGGAGUUGGGGAUGCUUCAAGGGUGACUGAACAAGUACGGGAGCAUGUCUCAAUUUCUGGGGCAGUAGAUGAGGAGAUAGAACAAAUGAGAGGGCUGGAAGAGGAAUGCUUGGGGGUGAAGGGGGCAGGAGAUGGAUGUGGCUUAAUUUGUGAAAAGGUUUCUGAAAUUUCAGAUAUGGUCCUGCAAGAUCAGUCUGUGAGGCUGGAAAUUAAUUUGGAACUUGAGAAAGGUUUGAUCAGUACUCCCCCAUCCGAAUUUGCUAUGAAGAGGGCAAAAAGGCAAA